CAUCGAAAAGAGUUGAGUUAGAAGAAGGACUCAGGGCGAACACUGGAUGUGUUUUGAUGUGUUUUAAGUUGUGUACAAGUCAGAAAUGCGUCACGUUUAACACUUGUAUGGUGUAACUGCGAGGGGAUACGGUAAUUCUUUUGGGAAAAAGUCACAAAAUGGAAUGUGUGUCGGUGUAGUUGAUCCCCUUCAUGCUGUCGUCUGAAGAGCGUGUGCAGGAGAAGAGCAGCAAGUAUGGACGUGGAAGACUUUCCUCCCCCACCUCCUGAAAUGUUGGCAGAUGAAGAAGAUGAGGGGGAAGCCUUCGACUUUGAUGACAGUGGUGAUGACAUCCCUGAGGCUGACCGCCCACCCCCUGCCCCUCCAGCUCCUCUAGCCCCCAACAGCAAGGAUCAGAGUCAAGACACAACGGUGGCCAGUCAGCCUGAGGGACAUCUCCCCAGCCUGAACCCCCCAGCACCUUCCAUCACAUCUGACGCAGCUCCAUCAUCAGAAGACACAACAGUUGCCACAAGCAGAUCCUCCACAGCAGGUGGAGCAACAGCAGAAGGAGAGGGGACAUCUAUUGCUGAGGGGACUGAUGACACGGAGACAGAUUUACCGCCACCUCCACCACCUCCUCUUGAUGAUGACGCAGAGACAGAUCCUGGAAGAAGAGGCAGCGAAGGCCAGGCUGCAUCCGUCGAUGACCCUCACCCUCCACAGGCCGUCCCCAGGACCUCCUCCCAGGGCAAAGUCAACCCCUACUCUGUGAUUGACAUCACUCCUUUCCAACAGCAGCAGCUUGAGCAGCAGCACGGACCCUCCUCUGCCGCUUCCUCACCAAUAGAGCCCAAGGAACAGGAGGGAGAAUCCCAGGAUAUCCAUACCAGCCCUGUUGGCAUCACUUCAGGAUACUCAGUCCCAGUGCCCUGUGGCUAUGCAACCCCCUCGGGUGUGCCGCUCAUCACACCGGCUUACACCACGCCCGUCAUCAUUCGACACCUCUCCAUGGAAGAGGAUGUCACUGUGGUGGGGACUGCCAACAUCUCUGCUGACAGUGUUUUCAGUGAAGAGUAUCCACCUAUUAGAGAAGAAGAUGCUUUGGCUAAAUGGGCAUCUGAUCCUGCCAACACUGCAUGGAUGGAAAAUCCAGAUGAGGUGAUAUAUGAUGACGUGCCCAGAGAGAACUCUGACUCCAACACAGAUCCAGAUGAGAUGAUCUAUGAUGACGUGGAGCUCGGCGAGGAGGGUGGCUGCAACAGCUCCCUCGACAACGGCUGGAGCUCUAGCGAGUUUGAAAGCUACGACGAGGCCAGCGAUGGGGAAGGUCGCGCUGAGAACGGCCUCCCCCACGCCUUCAUGAGAGGAAAGCCACCUCAAAAGAAAACCCAUCUCUCUCAAGAUCUGACACGCUUGAAAGAACACUAUGAGAAAAAGAUGAAAGAUCUAAUGGCAAAUACAGUGGGAACGGUAGAGCUGCAGCAGAUAAAACAGAAACACGAGCAGAAGAUGCAAAAGCUGGUGAAAGCAGCUAAAGAAGGGACCAAAGAUGGGCUUGAGAAAACCAAAGCUGCAGUGAAGAAGGGACGCUCUUUCAUCAAGACCAAGUCAUUCUGUAAUGAGAGGAAGUCAGCCUGUUUUGAGGAUGAAGAGUCUGAACUCUUUAUUGAGGUGGACUGUUUCAAUGUUGAGCCAGUGCUGUGUCCGGCACCAGAGGGUCUUUCACAGCAACAGCUGGUGAGAAGAUGUAUAUUGGGAUCUAUAUUGGAGAGUGAAAAGAACUACCUUGAUGCACUGAAAAGGAUAUUAGAGCAAUAUGAGAAGCCCCUGUCCCAGAUAGAGCCGAGGCUGCUGAGCGACAGGAAACUGAAGAUGACCUUCUAUCGUGUGCGUGAGAUCCUGCAGUGCCACUUCCUGUUCCAGAUUGCCUUGGCGAGCCGCGUCGCUGAGUGGGACAGCCUGGAAAUGAUCGGGGACGUCUUUGUUGCAUCGUUCUCAAAGUCCAUGGUGCUGGAUGCCUACUGUGAGUACGUGAACAACUUCAGCACUGCAAUGGCAGUGGUAAGGAAGACGUGCGCCUCCAAACCUGGCUUCCUGGAGUUCCUUAAGCAUCGUCAGGAGACCAGCAGUGACCGAAUGACUUUGUAUGGCCUGAUGAUGAAACCCAUCCAGAGAUUCCCACAGUUCAUUCUGCUCCUUCAGGACAUGUUGAAGAACACACCAGUGGGUCAUGCAGACCGUCUGCCCCUACAGAUGGCCCUGACCGAACUGGAGACGUUGGCAGAGAAGCUCAACGAAAAGAAGAGGGAAGCCGACCAGCGCUGCGAGAUCCGUCACAUUGCAAAGGCCAUGAAUGAACGCUACCUCAACAAGCUUCUGAGUAAUGGCAGCCGCUACCUGAUCCGCUCAGAUGACAUGGUGGAGACAGUCUCCAAUGAGCGCAGUGAAAUCAUCAAAACCAAAGAGCGACGCCUCUUCCUGCUCAAUGAUGUUCUCAUGUGUGCCACGCCCAAUAUCCGAUGUCAGGAUGGCAGUGGGAGUGGCAGUGGCAAUGCCCCCCUCGACCAGAAGUUCCUUCUUAAGUGGAGCGUGCCUUUGAGCUUCGUGGAAGUGGUCGAGUUUGGAUCCAGCGAGGACAUGGCCGACAACAGCCGCUACCCAGCAUCUCAUUCUGGGGAGAAGGUGGUCAUCAACGCUAAGCCAAACAAGUUGUACAUGGGCCCAGGCCAGUUGUAUCAAGAUCUGCAGAACCUAAUCCAUGACCUCAGCCUGGUGAACCAGAUCUCCGGCAUGAUUGGCAGCCUCAAAGGGAACUACCAGAAUGUAAACCCCACAGUGGCGCAGGAUUGGGUAUCAGGUCUCCAGAGGCUGAUACUGAAGAAGGAGGAAGAGAUCAGGGCAGCUGACCGGUGUCGGAUCCAACUCCAGCUGCCUGGCAAACAUGACAAGUCGGGUAAACCCACUUACUUCAGUGCAGUGUUCAAUACUCUCAGCCCAGCCAUUAAACAGUCAUGGAUCAGUAACUUGCAGAUGGCUAAGCUGGCUCUAGAGGAGGACAACCUGCAGGGCUGGUUCUUUGCAGAGGAUGAUGGGAAUCAGAUCAAGAAGCAGAAACACCCUCUGUUGCUGCGACAAAUGCCUGUGGUCAUGUCAAAACUACAAGAGUUCAAGGUGGAAUGUGCUGUUCAUAAUCCGGAGCCCCAUAUCAACACAGAAAGCACAGCAGAUACUCCCGUUGUGGGCCAUGGCUGUGUCUGGGUUGCAAGUUGCACAAACCAGAUGGGCCAGAUCUCCAUAGUGGCCAUGCAAAGCUGCAGCCCCAAGGUGACGGAGUGUUUCAACGUGGAGUCCCGUAUCCUCUGCAUGGCCUACGUCCCUGCAGAGCAGCCCCAGGAGAACGGCGAGAACGCCCCCGAAAACAACCACGCCCCCACAGCGAAGGCCAGCGAUUCUCCCAGUGUCUGUCUGGGCAUGGAGGAGGGCAGCAUCAUUGUGUAUAAGAGCAGCCAGCGGUCAAAGAAAGUACGUCUGCAGCAUUUCUUCACCCCCGACAAGUCCACCGUCACCAGCCUGGUCUAUAAGAAACACUGUCUGUACGUCGGCCUGGUCAGCGGCUCUGUGGCGGUCUACUCCAGAUCACAAGAUGGUUCGUGGAGUUGUGAAAAGCCUAAGGUGUUGAAACUGGGAGUCCUCCCAGUCAAGGCCAUGCUGGCUGUGGAGGAUCACCUCUGGGCUUCAUCAGGCGGACAGGUCUUCAUCAUCAGCACCCACACACACUGUGUAGAGAGGCAGCUGGAGGCCCACCAGGAAGAGGGCAUGGUGGUGUCCCACAUGGUGGUGGCUGGGGUUGGCAUCUGGAUCGCCUUCAGCUCUGGUUCAACUCUGCGCCUUUUCCACACCGAGACCCUGGAGCACCUGCAGGACAUUAACAUUGCCACACCUGUCCACAAUACACUGCCUGGGAACCAGAGAGUGUCAGUGAGCAGUCUGCUGGUCUGUCAUGGUCUGCUGCUGGUGGGGACCAACUUGGGGGUGACUGUGGCCCUCUCUGUCCCCAGACUGCAGGGGAUCCCCAAGGUCACAGGUCGUGGUAUGGUGUCCUUACACGCUCACAGCGGUCCAGUCAAGUUCCUCAGCGUGGCUGCUGCAGUGUGUAACCGGCCCUCUGGCCCGUCAUCCUCCACUCCUCCCACCUCAGUCCAGCCAACAGAGACAGAUGAGGGGGAGAACACCCAGCCCCCCUCAGAUUCAGCACCGACUCCCCCUCAGGGACGGGGUGUGUGGUUGGGAGAGGUGGGCUGCACUACAAUGGCUCUCCAGGACUCCAUGUCCUCUUCAUCCUGUGGCUCCCUAGCACCAUCCCAGGGCUCCUUGGAGCACGGGCCCGAGGACGGAGCCCUCUAUGACAUGCUCCAUGACCCGGCCCAUCACCAGAAGGGCCGUCGGACCAGCAAGGUGGAUGUCAGCUCUUUGCUGGUGGUGUCUGGCGGUUUGGGGCACCGCAAGGUCAACAAAAAGACCAAACAGUCUCGCCAUGAGGACACCACCUCGACCAUCAUGAUCUGGCAGAUCCCCUUACUCAACAUGUGACACCACAGGCACCUCGGUUACAACAGAAGUGCUGCACACAACUCUCACAAGGAUAUUUGCCUAAACAGAAUAUUUGGGAUCAAUCAAAACUGAAACCAGAAGUGCAUCAAGCACUCCACAAUGCUCCAGCGAUGUUUCUAAUGAUGUCUCCUACCAUUAAAGUAAAGAAAGGAUCAAUAUAACCACUCAAUCAUGAAGCUUGACGGAGCAAACAACACCCUGAGGACCAGUUAAAGGAUGUACUGUACUUAUUAAGGAUAUACUUGUUUGAAAUCACUGAACGGUCUUAAUUUUCACCCCCUGACAAAGUUGGUUAUUGUUCAGUAACAUGGCUAAUACAUUACUCUCCAGUGUUUGACUGUAAAGGACUGCAGUAUUCAAAUCAGUGUUGAGAACAAAUGAGACUUGUCCUGCUUGAAAGGCGUAUAAGGUAACGAUGGGGCUUUGAGUCUGUUACAUAAAAGUUUUAUUAAGAUUAGGAUUAGGUUUUGGCCAGACCUUAGAUCAUCUGUCCAGGCCGGAGUUGUAAAUAUGAAGUAUGACAACUCAGGAUUACAUGUGAAUGAGUUUUAGGGUCAGAGAAAAGGCAUGUGUUUAUAUGGAAUCGAGUCUUUUCGCUAUUGGACCAGCUCAGUGCUGCUACCAUUCUGUUAACAGAGGAAAGUGAUGGAGAAGGUGAAAUACUGAUGACUGAAUUAGUUAGGGAAGGCGUGAUGAGAAUCUCUGGCUGGCCAGGUUUCUAUUCAUAAAGGGAUGAAAGAGUUGUUAUCACCAGGAGAGUUUUUCCCCCCAAUCUGUCUUUUUGUCUCACAUAAGGAUAUUUAAAAAAAGAAAAAAGCUUUAUACUUUUGUCACAAUUUGUACUUCUGUUAUGUGUAUUAACAAAAUCAUAAACUGUUUUACUGAG